GAAUUACUGUACCUGCAUGGUCGCAAGAAUUGUGUUUUUAGGUAGAAAAUUCUUCAUCCUCUAUUAAUAUGUGGUGGUGGGGUUUGUCAGUGGUAUUAAGUGCAGUGCGAUUCAAAAUGAUAUUGUACUGUACUUUAGAAGUGCUUAAUUAUGAGUAAGGAAACGUUAUUUGGUGUUUUGACAGCCUGCCUACUUAUUAAAACGAAGUUCACCUGUCAAAACAAGCAUUAAACACGCAGAGAGGUGUUGAGAUGCAUUGACUCCAAUAGAGAGCGUUAAUAACAUUUCAAUAUACAGUCUGCUGUACCUGAAAAACACAUUCAUUAAACACACAGGAGAGAGGGAGAGAUGUAAACAGUGCUCUGUGUGGUAGAUUGCACGGUUUGUAUGGCUGAACAUUGCAAUACUGCACGGCAGCAUAGUGACAAGGAAACCUCCUAACCUUCUGCUUUUAUGAAGAGACAACAAUUAUACAAUUAGGCAUCGUCAGGGUAUGGUCUGUUCCCAUUAGGGGAAAGAAAGACAUCUUUUGAUUUAAAAAAUAAAUAAAAAAAUCCACGUGUAUACAAAGUGUGUAUAAAUCUCCACAAUAUUCAGGUUCUGACAGUCGUGCGGGGUGCCGGUGUCGAUCCAGCCCAUUCAGAGUCAAGAAACGGCAGCUUGUGUGGAUCGCUGUUCUCCACAGGGUCUAGGAAAAGCAGCGAUCCUCACAAACCCAGGCAGCUGUUUCUCCACUCUUCACUCUGAAUGGGAAAUCAGCCCGGUCGACAACUCUCAUACAACUCUAGUUUAAAGGUGGCUACCUGAGCACCACAUAAUUGUGCAGACAAGGGCAACGCUCACAUUGUAUAACUGACUGAUCAAAGAUGACUUUAUUACAUUUGAAAACAUUUCCAGGCCAUCAGCCUUUGAUCUUUCAAAGGCUUUGAAGAGAAGGGGAGUGCAGGGCAGUUAAAAUGUGAGCAGCAGAGUUCUGAAUGUAUAGCAGCAUUGACUCCUCCAGACCAGCAGAGGGAGCCGUGAACAGAGACAGAAAGAGAGAGAAAGGGGAAGGAGCUGUAAUGGAAACCAGUGGCUCCAGCCGACGAAACUCCAGCGCCGCCAGUAGCAGUACUUCCAACACAGCGGCAAACUCCAGUAACACCACUAACAGCGCAAGCGGGACCAAUUCUUCCAGUACUGUCCGCGGCAGGACCAGUGGAAAUACCAGUACAGUGGGCUCCGUCCCCCCCUCCCAGUCUGCCAGUGCCACAGACUGGGAAAUGCUCCAGUUUGGCAAGUACUCCAUGGACAUACUGGAAAUGCUAAACAGCCACCAGCACCACCAGUUGAAAAGUGGGAUUUCUGGGCUUGACAGACAGGACCCAGGCGGACUGGCUAACCUGACAGGGCUGGGGCUAGGCAACCUGCCGAACGUGCGCCCCAUUUUCUCUGAGCAGCCGCAGGCCGGUGGCGCGGGGUUCCCCAAAAUGCAGCCCGUGACGCAGCAGCAGCCGGUGCCCCGCAAAUCGAAAGCGGGGGAUUCGCGUUACCAGCAGUUUCUGAAGUCUGUGGCCCCCUUUCACCCCACGGACCCUGGGCUGAACCAGGACUCCUCCCUUCAGAGGUUCCCCAGUGCCGGGGGCGCUGCUGGGGCCGGCGCGGACCUGUUUGGCUCCGGCCCGCCCCCGCUGCACCCAAGUCUUGCCCUCCACCAGCCUGGCCUGACUGGGGGGGGUGCCCAGCACCAGCUCAGCGGGCAGAACAACAUGGACCCGCGGAACCUGCACCAGCAGUUCAGCUGCAUGCUGUCGGCCAAUCAGUAUUUCCUGUCAGCGCCCAGUUCCAAUCUGGAGCAGUUCUUGGUUGCCCAGCAACAGAGCUCUUCACUGGGCUUGGGGCUGAACCAGCACAGCCCCCAUCUGAACUCCCAGCACUCCCAGAACCACCACCCUGACUCCCAGCAGCACCAGCAGCAGCACCAGCAGCACCAUCACCCCUCUGCCAUGCACUCACACCCCAACCCCCAGCUCAUAACUGCCUCCUCCAAUGCAGGCUUUGAAUUCCAGGGCUUGCAAGGGAUCCCGGUGCUAUCCUCUAACCAGCUCGCCGCUGCCCUGAUGCAGGAGGGCAAUGCCGCGUGCCACCCCGGCCUGCAGCCCCCAGCGCUUGUCGCCGUGCCCAAGGACGAGGCCCCCAAAUCGGAAGGGGGCUGCGGGGGAGGUGGGGGGAGCGGGGGUCGGAGGAAGAAAGCCAUGGCCGGCUACCUGCCUCAGAGAAAGGCCGACAGCACUAGCAACGGCAAUAACAGUAAUACGACUAACGACGCCGCUGGUAACGGCAGCCCGCACACGGCCUCGUCCAGCCCUGCUGGCAAAGCUUCCCAAGAGCUGCUCUCCCCGGAGGAUGUCCCAGACCCGGAGAAGGAGCGCUUCUACCAGUGCGGAGAGUGCGGGAAGAGUUUCACGCACCUGUCCAGCCUGCGGAGGCACCUGCGGAGUCACGGUUUGGUCGCCACGACCACGGCCCCGCCUCCCGCUCCCGACCCCCCCCUGGAAGAUGGCCAGGCCGGAGCAACGGCGCCGAUCUCCGCGGAAGGGGAAUCGGAAAAGUGCCACAAGUGCUCGGAGUGUGGGAAGGGGUUCAAGAAGCGCGGGCACCUGCUCCAGCACGGGGUCAUCCACUCGGGGGCCCAGCCCUUCGCAUGUGCGGUGUGCCAGCGAGCCUUCAACCGCCGCGAGAGCCUUACCCGCCACGAGAAGAUCCACGAGGACAAGCCCUUCCGCUGCCAGGCCUGUGGCCGCUGCUACCGGGAGGCCACAUCACUGCUCAACCAUCGGGCUUCGGGAAACUGCGGUAAGCCUCCCAGGAGAAGUGCAGGGGGAGCCCGGACCCAGCCGGAGCAGCCCCCCCGGACUCCCCUCACCAUCGGGACCGACGGGCGCUAUGGCAGGGCCAGGGGCAUCGCGGGGGAGCAGGGCGGCAGGGAGAAGGAAGGACAGGGGAGGGUGUUUAUUAUAAAAGGAGGUUUGGACGGAGAGUCCUUCGCAGUCCCUUCCUCCUCCAGCGUUAGCCCUCUGGUUCUGUACAGAGGAGCCUCGGAGGCUAGCAGGGGGGUGAAUGAGAGCGCAAGCGAAAGGAAAGCCGAAGACAGCGGUCAACAGAUUUACAGGCAGCAGGUGGGGAGCGGGAAAGCUGGAGGGACUGUUUCCUCCUCCUCUUCCUCCUCCUGUUCUUCAUCCUCUUCCACUGGCUUGUUCCAAACCAGAACCUCGCAGUCUUCAUCCCAAAUUGACAACUCCGUCUUCAACCCCGAUUCCCUGCACUACCCCUCGGCCCAGCAGCAGUCCCAUGCCGCCGCGAGACGCUCUGCGUUCGCCUUUCGAGACGGGGUGAUAGUGGAGGAAGCAGAGAGAUUCCGGCAGCCGACCUCCCAGCCCGGCCCAGAGGAGGGCAAGGAAAGUGGGGGAGAAAUAGGGAGAGGCACCAGAGCUCCUGUACAGUACUUCCGAGACACAAACCUAAACCCCAACCCUCAACAGCAGCAGCAGUACCUAAGAAAAGUGCCCCUAGCCCCCAACCUUCAUCCCCACCUCCCCCUCUCCUCCCUCCUUGAGGACUCUGACCAGGAGGAUGACAACAGCAGCACUGACAACGCAGUGGCGGCCGCCAUCUCCCUCCUGCCUCCCGGGGACGACGUGCCAGGGAGAGGGGGGGCCGGGGGAGAGGAGAGGAGGGACAUUAUCGGAGGGCUGCUGGGAGGUCUGGGGCUCAGCGGACUGGGAGCCCUGGGGGGGCUCGGGCUGGGAGCCGAGAAGGGGUACAGGGGAGAGGACUUGAGGGUGAAGAGGAAAUCGAGGAAAAAGGAAGGGGGUGGGAGGAAGGUGAAGGUGGAAGGGGAAGGGGGCAGCGGCGGCAAGGAGAAGCUGUUUCUGUGCAGCGUGUGCGGGAGGGGUUUCAGCAGGCGGGAGACACUGAGACGCCACGACAGGAUCCACACAGGGGAGAAGCCGCACCGCUGCCCGGUCUGUGGGAAGUACUUCCGGGAGGCGUUCCAACUGUCCAAGCACCGUACCGUGCACACCGGGGAGAAGAAUUACAAGUGCUCCUCCUGCGGGAAAGACUUCGGCUACGCACAGAGCCUGAAGAGACACUCCAAGCUACACACGAGGACCGACUACGCCAACAGCAACAACAGUCACACUGCUGCUUCGGCUCCUGCCUCUGCUAGUCUAGGUCUGCAGGGCUAUUUCGCCUACCCGUCUGUCGCAGCCCCCGUCUGCUCCUCCGCUAAUCCCGCCUCCCUUCAGGGUUUAAACAAAACCCGGGCCUUCACCUGCCAGAUUUGCUGGAAGAGUUUCAAGCAUUCGUUCCACCUGACUGCGCACCAGGCCGUGCACACCAAAGAGAGGCUGUUCAGCUGCGAGGUCUGCGGGAAGUCUUUCGGUUACGCCAACAGCUUGGCGAGGCACAGGGCAGCUCAGCAUGGCCGGGGCAAGAGCGCGGGCCCCGCCAACAACGGCACCGCAGGCUCUGCGAUCUCCGAAAGCCAGGUUGCCACCGAUGUCCUGCUGCAGCUCUCGCCCCCGAACCCGUCCGGCAUCCCUUUCUUCGUCCCGUCGAACCCGAGGGAGCCAGUCCCGAACCAGGUCGGGGGAGACCCCUUGAUCAGGACCCCGUCUGGCCUCUCUUACGCCCCAACCCCGAACCCCGACCCCUCAUUGCUGAGCUACGACCCCGGUUUCGCCUCGCAGGGGAAGAAGAAAGUGCUGCGGGUGAAGAAGAGAAAGGCCAAGAGGAAGAGGAGGAGGAACGGGAGGAGCCACACCGACAAGCGCUUCCCCUGUACCGUCUGUGCCAGGGCCAGCUUCUCACGGCUCUCCCAGCUCCUGGUUCACCGCUCUUCCCGGCACUCCGAGCCACAGGACGGGCGGCUGGGGCGGGGGGCUGCCGGUAGGAGGUGGGGGUGCCAGGGGUGCCGGCGCGGGUUCAGCAGCUUCCUGCGCCUCUUGGGGCACCACGGCUGGCACGUGAAGCAAGGCAACUAUGGCUGCGCCAUGUGUCAGAGGAAGUUCUGGAACUGGCGGCUGCUGGAGAGACACAGGGAAAUGUGCAUGGGAAAGCAGCACAGGAGACUGAGGGGGAGGGGGAACAGAGAGGAGAGGAGAGGGGAGGGGGAGAGGAAUCAAACUUGA